UGAUAGAUGGGUCUUCCAACUAAUGCAACUCUGCUUACCCCAAAGAAACGUUGACUGAAUCAAUGAAUCAGCUUCUGCAACAAACAAACAUCAUUGCUGUUGUCAGUUCUCUCUUCAUGUGGCAACCAAAGACAAACCACAUCAGUCAUUGGCGGCAAUCUCGAUUGAGCUUUUCCCACGGAACACGUCACCCCCUUUUUAACGCUUAACCCUAAUCUGGUGGCUUUACAAUUCCAUCGAAAUCGGAACAUCUGAGUGUUGUGAUGUUUUGUUCCACGUGUAUCUUUUUUCAAAACGCCGAUACCAUCCAAUCACAGAAACCACCAUCACUUACUUGACGAUCUUUCUCUUGUGGCCAUUGCUUGAUGGAAUAGAUCCACUCCGACCAAUUUGAAUUUCUAAAGCCAUCGAAAACAAACCCUCUUGCUUGGUUGGCUGUGGUUAGAAGAUCUUAGAUUGAUUCGAUUCGAGAGCUCAUAAUUUUUUCCACAGUUAGUCUAGUUGGUAUCCUCUUUUCUUUCUUCUUUUGUUCUUUGCUUUCCAGAUGAAGUUCCACAGCUCUGCCGUUCUGGUGGCUUUGUCGUCCGCCCUUUUGGGUGGUUCGUCAGCCUUUUUGCCUCCCUCUCUGAGCACCCAACGAAAUGCUUUUGGUGUCAACACGUUCACUUCCAAGCCUCUCCGAAUGAGUACUGAAGCUGCUACGGAAGCUGAAACCUUUGAAUUCACGAGCGACGUGGGCCGCGUGAUGGACUUGAUUAUCAAUUCGUUGUAUUCUGACAAGGACAUUUUCCUUCGAGAAUUAAUCUCCAAUGCAGCCGAUGCCUGUGACAAGAAACGAUUUCUCUCCAUUACCGACAAUGACGUGGCUUCCGCCGCCACUCCGGAAAUCAAAAUCAAGGCCAAUCUAGACGACAAUAUAUUGAUCAUUGAAGAUGCCGGAGUCGGCAUGACCAAGGAGGAACUCAAGAACAAUCUCGGGAAAAUUGCCCAAUCCGGUACCAAGGCAUUUGUCGAGGCACUCGGCCAAGGAAAUGCCGAUGUCAAUCUCAUUGGACAAUUCGGUGUGGGUUUCUAUUCCUCCUAUCUCGUCGCGGAAAAGGUUGAAGUCAUUACCAAGUCCAUGCAAGAAGGAUCCAAACAGUACAAAUGGUCGUCCACUGCCGAUUCGUCCUACACUAUUGAAGAAGACUCGGAGUCCGAUGAUCCAAUUGACGGCAGUGGCACUCGUCUCAUUCUUCAUCUCAAGGAAGAUGCCAAUGAAUACUUGGAAUCUUCCAAAAUUGAAGAAUUGUUGGAACGAUAUUCCGAAUUCAUUGAAUUCCCCAUUAGUGUCUGGAAGGAAACCACGGAGUACAAGCAAGUGCCCGAUGAGGAAGCCAACAAGGAUCUACCCGAAGGAGAAGAACCCAAAAUGAAAACCGUGCCGGAAACCAAGGAGGGAUACGAACGGGUCAACAAUCAAAAACCCAUUUGGCUACGAUCACCCAAGGAGGUUACGGAAGAAGAAUACAAGGACUUUUAUACCUCCGCAUUCAAGGCGUCCUACGAUGAACCCAUGAAACACACACACUUUGUAUUGGAAGGACAAGUCGAAUGCAAGGCCAUUUUGUACAUUCCCGGAAUGCUUCCCUUUGAAUUGUCCAAGGACAUGUUUGACGAGAACUCGCGCAACAUUCGCCUCUACGUCAAGCGCGUCUUUAUCAAUGACGCCUUUGAAGACCUCAUGCCCCGAUGGCUCAAAUUUGUCAAGGGAGUCGUAGAUUCCGAUGACUUGCCCCUUAAUGUCAGUCGCGAGAUUCUCCAAAAGUCCAAAGUCUUGAGUAUCAUCAACAAGCGACUGGUGCGCAAAUCGGUGGACAUGAUUCGGGAUAUUGCCGAAGAGGAUGCCGCACAGUAUAUCAUGUUUUGGAACAACUUUGGCAAGUACCUCAAAGUGGGAGUGGUGGAAGAUGACCGCAAUCGCAAGGAAUUAGCCCCACUGCUGCGAUUCUGGAGUUCCAAGUCGGGAGAGGAAUACACCAGUUUGGAUGACUAUGUGGAGAACAUGGCCGAGGGACAAAAGCAAAUCUACUACGUGACGGGUGAUGGCAAGGAACUGGCGGCCAUGUCGCCCGUGGUGGAAAAGUUGGCAUCCCGUGGAUAUGAUGUCUUGCUUGCCACGGAACCCUUGGACGAGAUCAUGUUUGAAUCGCUACGAUCGUACAAGGAGUUGGAUAUUGUGGAUGCAGCCAAGGAAAACUUAAAGUUGGAUGGGGAAGAUGACGAAGAAACCAAGAAAAAGAAGGAACAACUCGAAGAAGAAUUCAAGGUUGUCAAGGAAUACCUGGAAGGAAUCCUCAAGGGCAAGGUCCAAAAGGUAGUCAUUUCGGACUUGCUCACAGAUUCUCCAGCAGCUCUGGUGCAAGGUGCCUACGGAAUGAGUCCCAGUAUGCAGCGUUACAUGAAGGCCCAGGCAGUGGCGUCGGGCCAGGAUGCUGCGGGCAUGGGAAACUUUAAUCAGGCAGUGUUGGAGAUCAACCCAACUCAUCCCAUUGUGCAAGACUUGGAUCGAAUGGUCAAGGAAGACAAGGAGUCCAAGGACCUGGAGAACUCGGCGUUACUCAUGUACGAUGUGGCCAGCAUGACGUCAGGGUACAAUGUUGGGGAUGUCAAGGGAUUUGCCCAACGUGUCAUGUCAUUGAUGAACGAUCAAGUCAAGGCACAAAACGAGGAUGCAUCCACACCAAAAGAUGCAGAAGUGAUUCCAGAGAUUGUCCCCGAGGUUGUGUCAGAAGACAAGGAUGAAUGAAUGCACAGCCAACAAGCGUUACUUUAGAUGAUUAGUAGUGCGUCAAACAAUGAUUCGUAAUGUAGAUGGCCAACCAAAGGCAAGGCGUUUUUAUUCAAUAGAGUUACUCUUUGGUCUUCUUCUAUUCAUUUUGCUUGUUGGAACUACUUUAGCAUGAGCCCUGAGUGCCGAUCGACUCCUUGUAUGGAUGGUUGUCCAGGGACAGCAUGGACUCGGGAGGUACCCGCACGGUGCUGUAGGAGCAAACGACCCUCCCAUCAUGGCGCACCGGAAAGAUGGGAGUCGAGUCCCUUGGUUGGCUCUUCAGCAAAACCCUUCCGAAUCUUGUUGCAUCUACGGCGGAACUGUGAACGCUCCUCCCAGUCAUGAAAGAAACUCAGAAAUCCCCAAGCGGAACCGACGAUGAUCAAUCUCUUCGAGGGGGGCAGACCGCUGUUCACAAAAUCAAACCACA